AUGUACCGUAUUGGACAUGCUGCAUUGUUCCCAGUUUUCCCGGUUAACUGGGCCUGUGGCUUGGGUCUAGCGCUCGAGGGGGGAGAACAGGGGAAGGGGAGAUUUUGA